AUGACCUCCCUCGCCGCGUUCGCGCCGCGCACCGCGGCGCUCAGAGUCGCCGCCUCCAAGCCGGCGCGCGGGACCCGCCGCGCGGCCGCGCGCGCGCCGCCGCCGCCGCGCGCGUCGUCGUCGUCCGACGACGAGAAGGACUCUUCUUCGGAAUCUUCCGAUUCGCGCUCUUCUAUCCCUUGGACCGAUCGCGUCAACUCGCGAAGGUUCGUCCUCGGCGGCGCGGUCUCCGCGGCGAUGACGCUCGUCAUGACCGGCGCGCCGUCUCCGGCCGCGGCGAAGGACGGCAAGAACGGCGUGUACUGGAUCUCCCCAAAGGACGGCGCGACCGUCCCCUCGAAGUUCCCCGUGAAGAUGGGCGUGAAAGGAUACGAGCUCGCGCCCGCGUCCGAGGGUCUCCAGGAAGGAACGGGGCAUCAUCACAUCGUCGUCGACGGCGGCGUCGUGCCCAAGGGCGACGCGAUUCCGUUCGACGCGACGCACGUGCACUUCGGGAAGGCGCAGAAGGAGGGCGAGCUGGAGCUCUCGCCGGGGCAGCACACCUUGACGCUGCAGUUCGCGAACGCGAAGCACGAGAGCUUUGGAAAGAAGUUCGCGAGCACGAUCACCGUGAACGUGCAGCCGUGAUGAAAUCGCGACGAAAUUGAUGCAUCACGGAGGACCGAACGCCACGGUUCGGUUGUUGUACGCGCGACGAGCGCAUAUCAUAUCUAUUCAUUCACGCAUUCAUUAAUAACGAUACAUCUAUUCAUAUU